AUGUACUCAAGCACUCCGACGUCUCGUUCUUGGACUGGCCAAGCGACACAACAACCUAGUACCAGGCCCCGAACUGCCCAGUCUCGCCCUGGUACCGGGCGUCCCACCACAUCAGCCUCUGAGCGGUGCAACGGCUCCUGGGCUGCUGCGAUCCUGGAAGGUCGAGGCAUCGCCCGCGAAGUCGGUUUGGCAGCUCUGGAAAGAGAUACAGGACAAGUUAUCCUCGUUCAGUUCUCGGAUACCCAGACAUAUGCCAAGACGCUGCACCAAUUAUGUAUACGAUCACCGUCUGUUCUCCUAGUUCCGGAUACAUCGCUCUCCGCCGGAGAUGCGAGCUUUGCAUCUGGAUUCAGAAAACCCCCAGUCACCUCUAUUCUUGUUCGACUUUUGGAAGAAGAGUUCUCGGUUCCAAUAGAACCCGUGAUGAGGAAGUACUGGAACGAUACGGCAGGUCUCGACUUCGUCAAACAACUCUGCGUAGACGACGACGAGAGGGCAGCAAUCAUUAUGGCAAUCUUAAACAAAUACUAUGCCUUGUCAGCAGUAUCUGCGCUGUUCAAGUACUGCGAAACCAAGUUCAAUACGCGAUACGCUGCAGCUUCGUUACGCAUUCGUUAUUUACCCUUUGAGGGAACGAUGAUGAUUGAUUCGGACACGGUGCGAAACCUCGAGCUGGCGUGCAACAUGACAUCGAAAAGAUCGGCUCAUUCAUUAUUCGGCAUUUUGAAUCACACGAACACUGCGAUGGGAGCCAGGUUGCUCAGAGUGAACAUUUUGUCACCUUCCACUGAUCUAAUUGAAACUAGACUCAAUGCUGUCGAAGAGCUGAUAAAUUCGGAGGAUAAAUUCACGGCCGUCCGAGAUGCGCUGAAAACCAUGCAUAAAAUGGAUUUCGACAAACUGAUCACUUCACUUGCGAUUUCCGAGGCCCGAGAGCUCACAACGUCCGCGAAGGUAGCAUCUACGAGAGUUUCCGAAAUGUUGAACCUGCGAAACUUGGUGAAAAGUCUUCCUCUACUGCAAACGGCCCUCGCGGGUAGUAGAAGCCGACUGCUUCAAGAUAUCUAUGAGUUCGUAUCCGACAAGCGGUUGGGUCAAAUUGAAGACUUGGUCCGUUGCAGCUUGAACGAGGAUGCUGCGCCAUUGAAAGGAGGAUUAGGCGCCAUCAACUCGCGCGUUUAUGCUGUGAAGGCAAAUCACAACCGACUGCUUGACGUUGCCAGGGAAACAUACAAAGAGAAUGUCGGCGACAUCUUCCAGCUGAAGAGGCUGAUGUCGGAAGAGCACGGUCUUGCAUUGACACUGGUAUACCAAGAGUCUGGAUUUGUGUUUGCACUGCAGAAAAGCGAGCUGGAAGGGACCGACAAGCUGCCGAAAGACUUCGUUAAUGUCAUGGUCCAGAAGGGAAGAUAUCUCUUCUCGAGUAUGGAGCUGAAAAAGAGGAAUGCAAGAAUGAAAGACGCACUCGACGAAACUUUGAUCCUCAGCGACGCAAUCAUACAAGAUCUCGUGUCUGCUAUACUUGUCAACAUCGGGGCCUUAUAUAAGGCAUCGGAGGCAAUGGCUCAGAUUGACAUGCUUUCUGCGUUUGCACAUGUGUCCAUUCUUCGGCCUGAGUUCACUGGUACGCUUGCUGUCAAGGCGGGCCGCCAUCCGAUAUUGGAGGGCGUACAAGCAGCGGGAAUGCUUGUCCCGAACGAUGUGUACUGUUGCGGCGCCACAACCUUUCAAAUGGUUCACGGGCCGAACAUGUCCGGGAAGAGCACCUAUCUGAGGCAGAUAGGACUGCUAACCAUCAUGGGAAUGGCAGGAAGUUUUGUUCCGGCCCAAUACGCUAGUUUUCGGGUUCACGACGCUCUUCUCACGAGGCUAUCGAAUGACGAUGACGCGGAGAAGAGCUUGAGUACCUUCGCAAAUGAGAUGGCCUCCUCGGCAAUGAUACUCGGGCUGGCAACGGCUGACUCCUUGGUGUUAAUCGAUGAACUGGGUAGAGGCACGUCCCCAAGGGACGGCGUGGGUAUUUCGCAUGCCAUCGCAGAAAGCCUUAUCAAAACCAAGUGUUUCACUUUCUUCGCAACGCAUUUUCACGAACUAACGAUGACGCUCUCAAGGCAACCAUCCGUUGUGAAUCUUCACCUAUCGGUGCAACGAAACCGCCGCAGCAACGUCAAUUUUGGCAUGACCUACCAAUAUAAGAUCUUGGAUGGUGCAGUUGGGGAUUACGAGCAUUACGGACUUGAUCUUGCCAGGCUCGCCGAUCUACCGCCCGAUGUCAUCGACGGAGGUCGUGCAGUGGCUGUCCAGCUCACAAAACGCCAACUUCAGUUGGAAGAGCAAAGCCGCACAACCAAGAUUUUCACGAAGAGACAAUCCCUGCUUAAGUUGAAAACCCAGCUAACACAAGCUCUGGAAUACUCGGCUUUGCCGGAUGGAGAACUUGCAGCUCACCUGUCUCGGUUGCAGAAGAACAUUGCCGACACUCUCAGACGCAAUCUCUGA